CUGGCCGUCGAGUCCUGCACGUCCCGCUGACCGCGUGCCUGCUCAAAGAAGCAUGUCUACCAACGGGACAGAAGCCACUGCCAGCAGCCAGGCAACAGCAGAAGAACCGGUCCAGCAGGGCACCCGAGGCCCAGGACCAGCCCGCUGAGCUGCUUGUCCCCAUAGCCGAGCGUGGUGGACCGCGUGGCCAGCAUGCCCCUCAUCAGCUCCACCUGCGACAUGGUGUCGGCGGCCUACACCUCCACCAAGGAGAGCCACCCCCACGUCAAGACCGUCUGCGACGCGGCCGAGAAGGGCGUGAAGACUCUCACCGCGGCUGCUGUCAGUGGGGCCCAGCCCAUCCUCUCCAAGCUGGAACCACAGAUCGCAUCGGCCAGCGAGUACGCCCACAGGGGGCUGGACAAGCUGGAGGAGAACCUGCCCAUCCUGCAGCAGCAUACGGAGAAGGUUCUGCCCUUGGCACCCGGACAGCCCUCGGACAGGCUGCUUAGCCUCCCGGCCUCACUUUCUCGUGCGUGGAAUGGGGUUCUGGCCGACACCAAGGAGCUCGUCUCGUCCAAGGUGUCGGGGGCCCGAGAAGCUGUGUCCAGCGCCAAGGACACAGUGGCCACGCGAGUGACGGAGGCAGUUGAUGUGACUCGGGGUGCCAUGCAGACUGGUGUGGAUGCGACCAAGUCUGUGGUGACCAGUGGCGUCCAGUCGGUCAUGGGCUCCCGUGUGGGCCAGAUGGUGCUGAGCGGGGUGGACACGGUGCUGGGCAAGUCGGAGGAGUGGGUAGACAAUCACCUGCCCAUGACAGAUGCUGAGCUGGCCCGCCUCGCCACGUCCCUGGAGGGCUUCGACAUCGCUUCGGUGCAGGAGCAGCGGCAGGAGCAGAGUUACUUCGUGCGCCUGGGCUCCCUCUCGGAGCGGCUGCGCCAGCGGGCCUACGCGCACUCGCUGGGCAAACUGCAGCUCACGCGGCAGCGGGCGCAGGAGGCCCUGGUGCAGCUGGCGCAGGCGCUCAGCCUGAUGGAAACCGUCAAGCAAGGAGUCGAUCAGAAGCUGGUGGAGGGCCAGGAGAAACUACACCAGAUGUGGCUCAACUGGAACCAGAAGCAGCUCCAGGGCACAGAGGAGAACCCAGCCAAACCAGAGCAGGUGGAGACCCAGACGCUCACCAUGUUCCGGGACAUCGUCCAGCAGCUGCAGAGCACCUGCGCCUCGCUGGGCUCCAGCAUCCAGGGGCUGCCCAGCCACGUGAAGGACCAGGUGCAGCAGGCUCGCCACCAGGUGGAGGACCUCCAAGCCACCUUUUCUGGCAUCCAUUCCUUCCAGGACCUGUCCAGCACGAUCCUGAUGCAGAGCCGAGAGCAGGUGGCCAAGGCCCGAGAGGCCCUUGACCACACAGUUGAGUACGUGGCCCAGAACACGCCCAUCAUGUGGCUGGUGGGACCCUUCGCCCCGGGAGUCGUUGAGAAAGCCCCGGAAGAGAAGAAAUAGGACGGGCAGGAGGAGGCGCGAGGGACUGUCUCUCCCAGAGGGGCUGGCCCCAGCACUGGACCCCCUUGCCCCCUCGGAACAUGCGUCCCUCCCCACGCCCCCAGCUUAUCUUAGCUGCCACCUCAGGAAGCUGAAAAUUGACCAGUCCCUCCGCCGCUGCGCGCUCAGAGGAAGCGUGUCCUGAGCCUCACCUCCUCAGUCAUUAGGGGGAGGUUUCCAGAAAAAAAAAUGUUCUCCAAUUUCUUUUUUCUUAAAAACCAGGGACAGAUUUCUUAUAUCCCUGCCUCCUUUUCUGCAUCAGGGCCCCUGGGUAUUAGCCUUUAGCUAACAGACUUGGGAUUUCUGGCCUCCGAAGUGGGCCUCCUGGGGGUGGGGAGGCUGCAGAGCUGCUGAGGCCCGUUCUGGAGCAGAGGGGGGCUGAGGUGCCUGAGGCUUCAGUGUUGCCUUAAUAAAUUUUACCUGCA